UGCUCCAAUUCUCCAGAUGGCGCUGUUAACACUGAAACCGUUGCAACGCGACAAGCACUUACCGAAGAAGACAAGAGAGCUGCUUUUUUCAGUCAGAAGAGAUCAUGCAACCCAUUUUAGGUUCAAUUUAUUGAUUUGACGCAGAUGUUUAGAAGUAGUUUCUACUAUUUAAUAUUUAGAGCACGUGUGGAAAUGGCCGCAAACCCGCCCGGACAAGGAUUUCAAAACAAAAACAGGGUUGCUAUUCUAGCUGAGCUGGAUAAGGAGAAGAGACGCCUGAUACAGAGUCAGUCUAUGAAUAAUCCAGGAGCCAGCAUUCCACUCUCUAGACCAGCAGUAAAUAAAGAGUUCAGGGAUCAGGCUGAACAGCAGCACAUUGCAGCACAGCAGAAAGCAGCUUUACAGCACGCACAUGCACAUUCAUCCGGCUUCUUCAUCACUCAGGAUUCAUCCUUUGGUAACCUUAUACUGCCUGUGUUGCCAAGGCUCGACCCGGAGUAAAUAAGCAUAAGCUAGGACUGUAUUACUGUUUUGAUCAAUUUGCUACUCUGACAUAGACAUGCUAGAUGACUUUCAUUUUUUCAUGAAUUGUUUUUAUAUUGUUGUAUGCUAGUCAGUAUUUUUUCAUGAUUUUACAUAAAAUGGAGAAAAGUUAAA